AUGGCUUUGUUACGUGCUCCGCUUGUUAUUCCAGCCAUAUUUCCUAAACCAUAUAUCGCGUAUCCCAACUGCACAACAGCAUGUGGAUCAAAAAAGGCAUGUCCUCAAACGCCAUGCAUGCUCGGAUCAGCCAAUACUACCUCCAACACCCCAGGAUUUGUUUUACAAAGCCUGUGCAACAUGCCACAAUUGAUCUGGACAUCGCGAGAUGAUCUUCAUCCUUGUCAGGAAUAUUCUGGUUUGAAUUUAGUCGAAAUUGCAUAUGGAAUUGAUCGUGGUAAUUUAGAUAUUGUUCGCGAUCCUACUGGGUAUGACGCUAGUGUGUGGCGAGUACUAUAUCCUGGUAGUAGCUAUCGACCCAAAGCCAUCGAUGCACCAAUCGGCGGAGCUGGUUUCUAUAGUGCACCAAUAGAUCUUUCAAACGCCAAAUCAGUGACAUAUCAAUACGACGUACUAUUUCCAGUCGGAUUUGAUUUCGUCAAGGGAGGAAAACUACCUGGUUUAUUUGGUGGCCAUCCAGAAUGCUCUGGAGGUGCUAAAGCCUUGGAUUGCUUUUCUACCAGACUCAUGUUUCGAGCGUACGGAGAUGGUGAGCUCUACCUCUACUCGGAUAAAAACGCUCAGGACCCACGACUGUGCAUUAAUCAAACCAUUCCAUUAGUUCCCGGCACAGUUUGUGACGAUAAAUAUGGUACAUCCAUUGGUCGUGGAGCGUGGCGAUUCCCUCUUGGAGAAUGGACAAGUGUUCAGCAAACCAUUACUUUAAACACCAUCGAUUCACACACCCUGCUACCCAAUCGUAAUGGUUUGGCGGUGAUUCGAGUCAAUGGGGAUACGGUGAUUGACACAGGGAAUAUUGUGUAUCAGACAUCAAACAUUGGAUUUGCGGGAAUUGAUUUCGAGACUUUCUUUGGGGGAAGCACAAAUGAUUGGGCUACUCCAAGAGAUCAGGUCACAUACUUUCGCAAGCAAAAACUAAAGAUUGAAUAUUGAUCAGACCUAU